ACCUUACAAGAACCCUCAAAACUCUUCUCCACUUGACAGUUCUCAGUUAUGAAGUGCCUGUUUUUCUCGGCCUUGUUCCUCUUUUCCCUUCUCAUCUCGGCCGAGGCCACCAUCCCAUGCAACACAGUCAAUGCCAAGGCAGCUCCUUGCGUGACUUUCGCCAUUGGAAAGGCUCCGACGGUGCCUCCUGCUUGCUGCAGCGGCCUGCUGCAGCUCGCCCGGAGUGUCCGGUCGGUCAACGACAAGAAAGACAUUUGCCGGUGCAUGAAGGCCGGCACCAAGUCCAUUCGGGGGUUGCAGGACAAGUUCCUGAAACAGAUCCCUACAGCUUGCCACCUCAAUGUUGGGUUCCCUGUUUCAGCCAAUGUCAACUGUGAAAAGAUUCACUGAGCUGUACGGAGAUGAUGCAGUGACCAUAGUUAUGUGAUAGAGACCUAAGAGAAUAAAACCGAUCGGCC